UGAGGUUAUGUUGACGUUGUUAUUUAUUUUCUCUACAAUAACAAAUAAAAUACAUUUAUAAUUUUAAUAUUUUCCUAGUUAUCGUUUAAUGCAUUUGAAAGAUGGACAUGGAUCUAGAUCUGGACGAUUUGGAUUUUGGAGAUAGACUCAAAGAUUUUUUAGAGCACAAACUCCUAGAAAUGCAGAUAAAUAAUGCAGCGAUUCAGCAAAACAUUAAUAACAGAAGAGAUCAUGUAAAAGUACAUCAAGCUGAGAUUCUCACUAAAUAUAAAUCUGCCUUUUCAGUUUCCUUUAAAUGGAAAAAAUGUUUCAAUAAAAAAUAUGUCAUUUGUUAUGAACUUCAAAAUAAGCAUAAUACGCCUCUUGAAAACGUAAAACCUUUUUUAAAUUGGUCAUCCACCAAAACCUCCAAAACGUACGAAACAGCCAUAUACGACAUAGCAGAAAAUAAUCAAGUUAGAGAAUGUCUCAAGAAUUGUUGCCAGAAUAUUACUAAUGAUAUAAUUAAAUCUAAUUCUGUACAUUCGAAAGGUUAUAUUUUCAUUGUCAUCGACAUUCCAAGGUAUUUGGAAAAUUUGGAAUAUACCAUAAAUGGCAACAUUUUAGGUAACCAGGAAGAAAAAGAAGUAUUAGUUGAUUUACCCAGUGUUCAAAUUUCUGCUGGAGAUAUUACAAAUAGAGAAAUAUGCAGUAUAUCUUUAUCAACUGGAAAUAUAGACAAUACCUUAACAACGAUUCUAACCAGCGUAAAAACUGAUCUGGUAUUUAUGUUUCCACUUGAGUGGAGCAUUUCUUUAGACAGUACCUUCGAAAUCCAUUGUCUUUUAACAAAAGUAAACAUUCCAAAUAGUUGUAAGAAAUACUUUACGGCUAAUAGAGUUUCUCCCCUUUUCGACGAUACUCUUAUAGCACUACACAACUCAAAAUCUGAAACAGUAGUCUGGACAACAGUAUAUUCCAGUUCCAAUGAUGCAUUUUUUUCCAUUUUACACCACUUACAUCAACACGUUCCUGGCUUGAUCAUCAUUCCUGCCGAGUUAUAUGAGCAUUAUGAAAUAAAAACGUGUGUCACGAACGAAAGCGUGUCAGAAGUGUUAGAAAGAUUUCAAAAAAGUGUUAACAAAGAAAUGGAACUUAUUGAAUCGGUCACUGAAAGUGAAGGAAGUAAGAAUAUUCUCACAUUUAGGAAUACGUUAUCUGAUUUGGAGAGAGAUACGGAUUUUAUUUAUUUAAAGAUUUGUGAAUUAAAUAAUUGUAAUAAAACUUAAUAAAUUUCUUAAA